AUGGCAAGCCCAAUUGCGCUGCGGUCCUCCCCAGGCCGGAUACUCCAGGCCUGCACCCCCUCCAGAACAUCAUUGAUCGGCAAGGCCUCCUCAGCACCUCGAGCCACCGCCCACUUCUCAACAACCGCACCACAAUGCAAGCGCAAGACCAAGGACAACAACCCGAAGCGUGGCGUGAGUAGCCUGUACGGUUCGGGCCCUCGCGAGCCUCUCUCCAUGUCCAACGUUCCCCUGCCCAAGCCCCGCGACUUCAAGCCUGAGGUUAAGGUCGACCCUGACCAUGGGCUCUGGGGCUUCUUCCCCGCGCCGGGCAAGUUGCUGUGGACGCCCAAGGAGACAGAGGAGCACGGACGAGCGUGGACGGUCGAGGAGCUGCGAAAGAAGUCUUGGGAGGAUCUGCAUGCCCUGUGGUGGGUGUGUUGCCGGGAGAGGAACAUGCUUGCUACAUCACGGGCGGAGCUUCUUCGAUCCAAGCUGGGAUUCGGCGAGCGAGAGCUUGAUACACGAGAUGAAGAGGUCAUGAAGACGCAACGAGCCAUCAAGCAUGCGCUGACGGAGCGAUUCUAUACCUGGCAGGAUGCCGUUGAGGUUGCUGCGAAUGAUCCCGAAAUCAACCUGAAAGGAGCCAAGGGCAAAGUCUACACACCCUCUGCGUAUGAGGACGAGGCCGAAGCCACAGAGUGGACACAACCAGAGACGGAGGCGGAAGUCAAGGCUGCCGAAGAGACCAAGGACAGCCUUCCAAUGGACGCCGUUGCAGCGGAAGCACAACAGGGCAAGACAGAGAAGCCGCUGGAACGAUAA